AUGCUCUCCGGCGUGCUCAUCUUCAACCAAAAGGGCGAGAACCUCAUCUUCCGCGCCUUUCGCAACGACUGCCGCCCUCGCCUUGCCGACGUCUUCCGCAUCCAAGUCAUCUCCAAUGCCCAGGUCCGAUCGCCCAUCUUGACGCUGGGCAGCACGACUUUCAGCCACGUCAAGCACGAAAACAUUUACCUCGUCGCCAUCACCAAGAGCAACGCCAAUGCCGCGCUGGUCUUUGAGUUCCUCUACCGGCUGAUUCAGCUGGGAAAGGGGUACUUUGGCAAGUUUGACGAGGAGGCCGUCAAGAACAACUUUGUGCUGGUCUACGAGCUGCUGGAUGGUGAAUUCUAUUCUUCCAGGCUUUUUCUCUCCUUGCGUUCCUCCAUUGCUUUUGCUAACAGCGCCCCUUCACCCCCAGAAAUCAUCGACUUUGGCUAUCCGCAAAACACCGAGACGGACACGCUCAAAAUGUACAUCACCACCGAGGGAGUCAAGUCCGAGUCGCGCCCCGAAGACACGUCCAAAAUCACCAUGCAGGCCACCGGCGCGCUGUCAUGGCGAAAGGCAGACGUCAAGUACCGCAAGAACGAGGCCUUUGUCGAUGUCAUCGAGGACGUCAACCUGCUCAUGUCUGCCACCGGCGCAGUUCUGCGAGCGGAUGUCACGGGCCAAAUCGUCAUGCGCGCCUAUCUCUCCGGCACCCCCGAGUGCAAGUUUGGCCUCAACGAUCGACUGCUGCUGGAUAACGACGGACUGCUGAGCCUGCCCAGCGGCAACAAGAUGGGCACAAAAGCCACCAAGGCGGCUGCGGGAAGCGUCACGCUCGAGGACUGCCAGUUCCACCAGUGCGUCAAGCUGGGCAAGUUCGACACGGACAGAAUCAUCAGCUUCGUCCCGCCCGACGGCGAGUUCGAGCUCAUGCGCUACCGUGCCACGGAAAACGUCAACCUGCCCUUCAAGGUGCACGCCAUCGUCAACGAGGUCAGCCGCACAAAGGUCGAGUACAGCAUCGGCGUCAAGGCCAAUUUCGGUUCCAAGCUCUUCGCCACCAAUGUCAUCAUCAAGAUCCCGACCCCCCUCAACACCGCCAAGAUCACCGAGCGGUGCACACAGGGCAAGGCCAAGUACGAGCCCAGCGAAAACGUCAUUGUCUGGAAGAUUGGCAGGUUCACGGGCCAGAGCGAGUACGUCCUCACUGCCGAGGCUUCCCUGACCAGUAUGACAAACCAAAAGGCGUGGAGCCGGCCGCCCCUGAGCAUGAACUUUAGCUUGCUCAUGUUUACCAGCUCGGGCUUGCUGGUGCGCUAUCUAAAGGUCUUUGAGAAGAGCAACUAUUCCAGUGUCAAGUGGGUGCGGUACAUGACGAGAGCAGGUUCAUAUGAAAUAAGGUGCGUCGUCUUGAAUCCAAAGAUCCAUCUAUUGCGCUAA